AUGGAAAACAAACAGGCUGUAUCUGCCAUUCAUAAUGCAUGGUAUAUCUUGGGAUUCUUUGGCAAACUCGAGUUUCAGGCCAAAUUAAGCCCUUCCCAUUAUAUGGGACUUUUUGCCGAGCGCCCCCGGGGAUCCACAAUACAAAAUAUUUUACAAGAAUCACAAUCAGAAAACUCGCAGUGGAUAACCGAUUUACCAGAUCCAGAGUUGAAGGAGACAACUGGCUCACCAGACUUCCAUUCUGCAAAAACAUCAAUUGCAAGUACACCUACUACUGAUUAUUUUCCAGACAGUGAUGAAGAAAUGUAUGACGAUGAACCAAGUGAUCUUCCAGCAAUUCCAAUAAAUUAUAAUAGAGGUCGACGAACAUCGGUUAGUGCUGAAUCGAUGGCUCCUAGUGAAGACAAAGAUUAUGUCAAGAUUGUCGUUCCAAAAGCAGAACAACAAAGACAAAGAAUAGAGGCAUCAAUUGCUAAUAAUUUUUUAUUUAAAAAUCUUGAUGAAGAACAAUAUAAAGAUGUCAUUGAUGCCAUGGCGGAAAAAAGAGUUUAUAGAGGCGAAGAAAUUAUUAAACAAGGUGGAAUUGGAGAUUUUUUCUAUGUUGUGGAGAUUGGUAGUUUCGAUGUUUAUGUUUCAAAAUGUGGUGCACCGCCAGAGCAAGUAACUCAAUAUGGUCCAGGUGGUAGUUUUGGUGAAUUGGCAUUAAUGUAUAACGCACCACGAGCUGCCACAGUUAUUGCUACUUCAGAUUCG